GAUUUAUUCAUACACUACUUUUAUUCUUUCUCUCUUUAUUGUAUAUAUGAUUAGUUAUGUAAAAUGUAUUAACAAUAAAUAACACUCUACUCUGUCACGUCUACCUGAUUCUCCCAUACUAGUCCUGUCUACCCCCCACCCCUAUCCACCUCACGUUGACCUGAGUUCCCUAGGGAGGGUAAUGAGGUCAGCACUAAAGAACGGAUUACAGGGUCUAGCUUAAAAUUACCUUCAUUAAGAUUAAAAUUAUCAAACUUUUGUAUACAUGCAGACUCUAUUAUUCUACGUUUCUUAAAGUUAUUACAUUUAUACAAUAGCUGACUGUCGUCCCAGUUAAUAGAGUGAUUAUUUUCUGAAGCAUGUUUAAACAUAGCAUUAUUCAGGUUACAUGUCCGAAAAGCAUAUAGAUGUUCUUUUACACGAGUUUCUAAAUUUCUAACAGUUUCUCCAAUAUAAACAAGGUCACAAUCUUUACAGUCAAUUUUAUAUACGCCAGCUGUACCAUCUACAAAAUUCUUGUUUUUUACUAACGUUGAUUUAAUGGUGGAGAUAUAUUUAUAUGCUAUGUUUACAUCAAGGUCCUUAUUAACAGUUUUAACGACAUCAAGUUCAGGUCAGGUCAGGUCAGGUCAGGAUCAGGUCAGUUCAGGUAACACCCCAGACAGCAUAAAAUACUAAUUUGUCAUCAUGGUGCUGCUCGCCACUUGGGAAAGAAGAGAACAUAUACUGGGUAAGUACCUGUUAAAAAUUUGUUCUAUAAAUAGGAUACAUUUACUAUGCCCUGCGGUUCAAAAUACAUAUCAGUUAUUUUUAACACACUAUAUGAAGGAAACUGCAAACCUCUCGUACUCAAGGCAGCUCCUUCUACCAUCCCCAUUUCUUAUCUAUGCUGUUCUUGAUAUUCAUCUUAACCUUGUUCGUAGGUGCCCUGUAACAAUGGACGUUGUCAUUCGGUUCAUAACUAAGGACACUGUAAAGAAGGACAAACUGAUGGCCACACACCCAUGCUUCGUAAAACUGAAGGGACAGCACAAUCACUCUCUACAGUCUGCAGAAGCUCUGAACCAGCUUAGGGUACUUCCGGAAACGAGGGAGACUUUUAUUAAGUAUUUUGAGCAAGGAAUGACUGCUAAUCAGGCUGGAAGAUUCCAUGUCCUAAAAAUGGGGCUGUGUGAUGACUUAUUUGGACAGGCCAAUCAUGCUAUAAACCCAUCGCCUCGUGCUAUCAGUUAUAUGAGAGACGAAUGGCUGAAGAAUGAACAUGGUGGCCUGAAGAACUUAUCAAUGGCAGAGGCAAUCAGAAAGUAUGCCGCAAAUAACCCAGAUGUGACGAUACUGGAGGACAUAUCAGAAGGAAGUUUUACUGCAGUACUUGUUACAGCUUUUAUGAAGAGAGUCCACAUUAAAUUUAGGGAAGCUGGAGAAGUAAUCUUUGUGGAUGCCACGGGAUGUGUUGACCAACUCAACACUUCAGUUAUUCCCUUCCUCUGUGCUGGACCAGCAGGUGCUGCUCCACUGGCAGUGCUGUUUACAUCUUCCCAAGAUGAAGCAACACUGAAAAAAGGUUUUGAAAUGGUUAAGAGUGCUGUAGCAGAAAAGGCCUUCUAUGGGAAGGGCACGCCGGAGACUUUCAUGACUGACAACUGCGAUGCCAUGAGGAAAGCCCUAGCAGCAACCUGGCCUGGAGCUCGACAGUUCCUCUGCAUUUUUCAUUUUCUACAACAAGUAUGGAGGUGGCUAUUGGACUCGAGACACGAAAUCAAGAAAGAAGAUCGCCAGGAACUUAUGACUAUAGUGAAAAGCCUCGUAUAUUCAGCAACGAAGAACGAUUUAUUCACGUCAUGGGGAAAAUUCAAGGCUAAUCCUCUUUCGGAGAAGUAUCCUAACUAACAAUAGUGAUUUCGU